ACUUGGAAGUAAUAUUACUAUUAGAAGUGAUAUUGAAAAUACGAUAAAAAACCUUUGUAGCACUAUACCUAUAGAAGGUCUAUUUUCUGAUUAUAUUUUUGCAAGAACUUUACCAAAUAUAG